AAAAUUAAUCAAUAACGUAAUUAAUUUAAGAAACUGUAAAUAUUAGUAUAAUAUGAAAUUGGUUAGAAAAAAAAUCCGAUUAGACUUUUUAUUAGGUUAUCUGAACUACCUGUAGAAAUUUUAAUACAACAGAUGGCCUUAUGUCUACCAUUGUCAGGUUAUUUUUAAAAAAUUGUAGUAUUAAUGUAUAAAAAAUAGCGAUAUUAAAGUAAUAUAAUUUGGCCAAGCAAACUUCCGUAACAAUGAGUAACAACAUCCUGGACACGUCAUUGUUAUCUUUUAACCAAAGUUCUCUACCUGAAACAAACAAACACAUUCUGCAACAGUUCUCAUCAUGGUUUAACAGUAUUUACAGGCAGUCAAUAUUACAAACACCUCAAGAAAAUAGAGAAGAACAGAUUUAUUUGUUGUUAACAUUGAAGAAAAGCCUAAAAUAUGCAAUUACAGAACUUAGCCGAGUGAGGAAACCAUACAAUUUUAGCUGCCAACUUUGUAAUGAAGUGAUAACAGUGGGACCUCGCGACGAUUUCUGGACUGUUUUCCAAAGUCAUGAGCAUUUUGAGAAUAUCUACAGUGGACAAGUGCAAUUAACUAAUCUGAAUGGAGAUAAAGCUCAAAUGUCUCCUACUAAAGAUAAAACUUCGAAUGAUGUUCAAAGUGAUGUUGUUUGUGUAACGGAUAAUAGAAAAGUUGAGGAAAGCAUCAAGGAAACAAUGUUGCUAGUUACUGAACAGUUAUCAAACAUUAGUAUUUCAAAUGUUUCCCAAUCAUCAGAAAGCCAACCUGUACAAAAUAGAUUUUCUGAAAGUGAUACAGAUUCAGACUCAACUUUCCUUUUUAAUUUUGAGCUUAAGUAUAAUGAGAUUGUGGAAUCUGUGCUAUAUCCUGCCAGUGUAAUGAGAGAUGUUAGAAAAAUUGACAAACUGAAAGAUUUCACGAUUCAAAAAUCUAACAAAUGCAGAGCUGUGUGUUUAUUGUGCCCUUGUGAUUUGGUCUGUGCCAAGAGUAUAAGCAAGAAGAAUAUUAUUGAUCAUGUUUUUGGACAGAAACAUUUAAGGUGCGCUGCAAUUCCAUCGAACGUCGCUGCGCUAAGUUUAUACCACGAAUCGUUUAUGAACAUGGAGCAGUCUUACCAGAGUCAUCAGGUCUAUUUCAAGCCUGAUCUAAACUGUGCUUGGUGUGUGCUGUGCAAGAAUCAGGUGAAGUAUCCUAUGAUGGGGCAGCACAUAAUUUCCAAACUACAUAAGGAUCACGUCAUGAAGAACUUUGAAAGAGGAGCUGAUUAUAAUUUGAUGACCUUACAGUUAGAAGUGUAUGGACUGAGCAGUGAAGCUGUGGCGAAAAAAGAGAAGACGAUUAUUAACGCACAGAAAGCGCAGAAAAAGGCGGAAAAGAAGCCGAACAUGAGGGAUCAAUCGAAUUCUUCGAGUACUGAUACCGAGAACGGUACCCAUAAUAUUAUUAAAGCGGUCGAAAAUCCGCAUUCGCAGAAUGUUCUCGAUCUCAUCCCUAACAGAUAUUCUAAACACAGACAAUACCUCCAGCUGAAAGGCAGCAAGGUAUUUUGUACUGUGUGCAACGUGUACUUUAAUCCUAUAUUGGACCACAUCAAACAUCAUAUCCUGAUCAAAUCUCACGUUGUUAAUUCCCAAAUUGAAGCACUGGAAUACAAAUAUUAUUGUGAGAUUUGCAAUGUCAAGUUCACUGAUGAAGAUCUAUGGGUAAAACACCACAAUGAAGGACCUAAUAGGCAUGCAAAUAUUGCUGAGCAGCGCAAAGCUUUAGUACAUGAGUAUGAGUGUACAACUUGCCUUACUGUCAUCUAUGGAGAUGAAUUGUCCCUGUCGAGACACUUAGCAACAGGCACUCGAAGGCAUGGCAAAAGAGAAAUCAUGUUGCCGGAUAAAGUGUGCAAAAUGUUUGAGAAUUCGGCGAUUAUAAACAAAAAGGCUGACGAAAUGACCCGAGAAGCGAUUGCCACUGUGAAAGACGAGGCUAACGUGACAAGCAGUUGUUGCAAAGAUAUUGAACGUCUUUUAUCCACUGUCUUCAACAAAUGUAAAGCUUAUCCGUUUGGUUCUAGGAUUUCCGGCCUGGGCAACAAAGGCAGUGAUUUAGACGUAUUUUUGGAAACUGGCGGCAUGUACAAUGGGGAUAAGUUCCAGGAUCCGCAGGAUCAAGUGCAGUUUGUCAAAAAGGCAGAAAAGGUUUUCAGGAAGAACUACAACAUACUUAAAGUAAUUACUUGCAUUCCCACUGCCAGAACUCCAAUCAUUAAGUUGUUGCACAUUGCAACUCAAUUGGAUUGCGACAUUUCUUUUAGGCAUGGCUUGAGUGUUGAGAACACAAAAUUUCUCAAAUAUUGCAUGGAGCUACAGCCUAUUACUCAACCACUCAUUUUGACCAUUAAGCAGUGGUCACUCUAUUGUCAGUUAAAUGAAAAUAUUACUACAUAUGCACUAGCAAUGCUAGCAAUAUUUUUCAUGCAAACAAAAAAAUAUCUACCAUCUGUAAAAAAACUUAGAGAGUUGAACCCUGGAGAAGUCAGAGUGAUUGAUGGAUGGGAUACUAUCAACUACUCUGCGAGCAUCGAGGACGUGAAGAAAACAAUCGAAUCUUGCACCCAAGAUUUGCCUACAUUAAUUAAGGAUUUCUUCGAUUAUUAUUACAACUUUGAUUAUACAACUCUGGUCAUUUGUCCAUUGAUGGGAAGAUCUAUUUCUAAAAAGUUCUUCCAAGAAAAAGGUGGCGAAUUUCUACCACCAGAAAUGAAUUCGUACAAGGAAAAGCAAAAGGACGUGAAUGGCGAACAGUUCCGUGUUUUAUCUCCGUUUUGCAUUCAGGAUCCGUUUGAUUUGAGUCAUAAUUUAACCAAAGCCUGUCAGAUGGGCACACUGAACAAGUUCAAAACGCUGUGCAACCUUUCUGUCAAACAUUUGAACAAGUUUUAAUGUUUGUAUGGUAACCAUUCCCAUAGAAUUUAAGAUUAUAUCUAAUUUUUAUCUUUGUAUAUGUUUUAUAUAGUUGUAAUACGCGAGAUGUGACAAUGAUCUUUGUUCUGUUUCGCAACUACGUUACAACAAAACUGUGUCAAUAAGACUUAUUUUAAUAUCA